AGCAGCCGUCCAUCCGCAGCGGGACCAGACACAUGGUGCGGGCCGUCUGAGGAGCGGCUCAGGUCCAGAGAGUUCGGAGCCCGGUUCGGAGCAGGAGGAGAGCGGAGCGCAGACACCCAGGAGGGCUUUUAAACCCGCUUUUUACGGUUCUCGGAUCAUAAACACCAAACAUGCACCUACUGGGAAUACCUCUGCUCCUGGCAUACCUCCUCUACACCAACCGGGCCACCGACUUCAGAACCGGCGACUACUAUGAGUACUACGAGCAGGAGCAGCUGGACGAGCCGGACUCUUCACCAACGUCAGACAUGGAGCAGAAGCUGCGUUCGGCCUCCAGUGUAGAUGAACUCAUGAGUCUUAUCUAUCCUUCGUACUGGGCUGCUCUCAAGUGCACAUCCAGACUUUCUGCUGCUGUUUCCUCUAAAGCGUCCCAGCGGCCACAGUCUCGCCUCCUCCGGCCGCCGGCAGACACAGAGGAGCCCACGUUUGCUGCUGCCUACCUCAACCUGGAUGUCCUCAAAAGUAUAGAGUCAGAGUGGAGGAAGACUCAGUGCAUGCCCAAAGAGGUGUGUGUCGACGUGGGAAGGGAGUUCGGGGCUCCCACCAACAUCUUCUAUAAGCCACCCUGUGUGUCCGUCUACAGAUGUGGAGGAUGCUGUCACUCUGAGGACAAGCAGUGCAAGAACAUCUCCACCGGCUACCUCAGUAAAACUCUUUUUGAGAUUAAGUGUCCGUUAGCCAACAGGACGUGUCCUCCUGCUCACACAUGGAGCAACAAGCAGUGUCGAUGCACAGCCGCCAACAUGCAGCUCAACCCUCCUCCUCCGCCGCUGCCACCUCCAAGGCCGUCCCAGCAGCAUCUGGACAUGUUCUCUGCAGAUGUGUGUGGCCCCGAUAAGGAGCUGAACGUGGAAAGCUGUCAGUGUGUGUGCAGGCGUGGGGACGAGAAUCGUGACUGCGGCCCGAACCGGCACCUGAACCACAACACCUGUCAGUGCGUAUGCAACGUGAUACCGGCGCCGUCCUGCCCUCUGAACCACAUCUUCAACAAGGAGACCUGCCAGUGCACGUGCAGCAGGACGUGUCCACGGCACCAGCCUCUCAACAAAACAAAGUGUUCCUGCGAAUGCAACGAGUCGCCCAAUAAGUGUUUCCUAAAAGGACGGCGGUUUCACCAAGCCACGUGCAGUUGUCUCCGGCCACCCUGUGAGGUCAGAAGGAGAAGGUGUGAACCGGGUUUCUUCUUCAGCGAGGAGGUUUGCCGCUGCGUUCCAUCCCACUGGAGACGGCUGGACUGACCUCCGACACGCUCAUGAGACACGAACAAGAUGCUAAAGAACAGAUAAUGAACUUGUAAAGGUAGAACUGGGCAUCCAUCCCCUGUAGCCCUGCUGCUCUCCCAGUCAGCUGUGAUGGCAGCUAAGUGUGUGGACCCUGGUGAACGUGGGGGAGCUUCGUGAUUGGACAGCAGAUACGGGAAACUCUGGUGGUCUGGAGGUGAGACGUGCACUGAUUCUACUACGAGGAUGCUCAACGGGAAAGCGAGGGAUUGCAGCCCAGGACUGGACAGAAGGACUGAGAGGAGAAGUCGAUCCCUGUUUGGAAAUGCUGUCUGAAUAUUUGGUUUUGUAUUGAUUAUGGCUCAGUAUUCUUCAGAUAUUGAUUAUAUAAUUUAUUAAAUGUUAUUUUUCAACCUCUGUCUAAUACAGUUUCAGUAUUUUUAAUGGAAAUACACUGUGAUCAGUAUUUUUGUAUCAUGUAAAGUAUAUGUGUAAAAUAAACUAUACUGAAUGUC